AUCGCUGCCAUGUCCCAGUCCGCCCCGCCACCUAUCUUGUCCGUGGCGCCAACGCGGGCCCUGGUGGACGAGACCUUGAGGGUGCGGGUGGACAAUCUGCCUCCCAGGGCGCCCGUGACGCUGCGCUGCGAGCACCGGUCGGAGGACAAAGACUACUGGGAGGCUUACGGCCACUACGUCAGCGACGCCGCCGGAGCUGUUUCCGUUGCCGAUGACUUGAGUUUAGGAGGCACGUACUGUGGAAGAGAAGCUAUGGGUCUGCUGUGGAGCAUGCGACCCGUUCCCGGCAGCCGCACGGGCCUCAGGUUGAGGAAGAGGAACGUGCGCACGCCCAUGCUUUUCACCAUCUCCGUUUUCGCCGGCCACGUCGACCGCGACUUCGACGGCCGACCUCCUCUGGCGCGGGAGCUCGUCGAGAGGUGGUACGCGGCCCCGGGGGUCCGCCGGGUGGAGGUCGAGGACCGAGGAGUGCGAGGGACCCUCUUCAUCCCUUCGGGUCCGGGACCCUUCCCGGGGUUGCUGGACAUGUGGGGGGGCGGCGGGGGCCUACUGGAGUACCGCUCGGCUUUGCUGGCCUCGCACGGUUACGUCUCUUUGGCACUGGAGUACUUUGCCCCGGGCGAGCUGGCCUCCACGGACCUGGAGUUCCAGUAUUUUGAGACGGCCUUCGACCUGGUCCGACGGCAUCCCGCCGUCCUCCCCGACAGAGUGGGAAUAUUCGGCCUUUCCAUGGGCGCCAUGGUGGCCAUCUCCCUGGCGUCAGAGAGCGCCCGUGUCGAGCCCGCCUGUUGCGUUUGCAUCAGCGGCAGCCAUUUUUUCCCACGCGACCAACCCCUGAGUCAAAUCAGCCAACCCAACGCCAGAAACGUCGGCAAGAUUCGUCUGGACGACCAACAAAACCUCAUCUGGCGAGAUCUCGGCCUGCCCGUUUCCGGCGACCUGUCCCGAAAAGCGGACGUGAGGAGAAUCAACUGCCCUCUCUUGUUGGUCAACGGUCAGGACGACCAAAAUCAUCCGACGGUGGAGUACGCGGAAGAUAUUGAGCGUAUGAUGCGCUCGGCGGGGAAGGAGCAUCUUCUGACCCGUCUGGAGUACCCCGACACGGGUCACCUGAUCGAACCGCCGUACUCGCCCCACUUCCGAGCCACCAACUUCAUGUGGGACAGCAAGAAGGCCCGAGUCACCCUUUUGUGGGGCGGCCAAACCAAAGCCCACUCGGACGCCCAAGAGGACUCCUGGCACAAGAUAUUGGCCUUCCUGCAGCGGCACCUCUACUCGGCGCCGCGUCCGAAAGCCAGGAUGUGA